AUGUCAUUUCUAAGUGGAGUUAAGUUUUAUCUCAAGUCAGUCAUCUUUGGAUCAUUAAUUGCCGGAUGUGCAAUCUACGGUGUCGUUGCAUCAAUAAUAUUAAGACUUUGUAAUAAAUUAGAAUAUGCCCAAUACAGUGUUGCUCGAGCAUUUUAUAAUGUAUUUGGAUUAACUAUGGGUCUUAAAAUAAACAUCAAGAAUGAACAUUAUUUAAAAGCACUUCCUGCAAUUUGUAUUUGUAACCAUCAAUCUGCUUUAGAUAUCUUCGUGAUGGGUAAAGUUUUCCAACCAGGUUAUACUGUUACCAGUAAGAAAUCAUUGAAAUAUGUACCAUUCUUAGGUUGGUUUAUGGCCCUUUCUGGUACUUUCUUCUUGGAUAGAUCAAGAGGUGAAAAAGCUAGAAAAGUUUUAGAAACUGCCUUGGUAUCAUUAAAGAAAGAAAAGAGGGCUUUAUUUAUAUUCCCAGAAGGUACUAGAUCUGGAGCUGAAGAAUUAACUAUGUUACCUUUUAAGAAAGGUGCAUUCCAUAUUGCUAAACAAGCAGGAAUUCCAAUUAUUCCAGUUGUAGUAUCAAAUACUUCAACUAUUUUCAAUUCAAGACGUAAAAUUUUUAAAGGUGGUGAAAUUAAUGUAGAAAUAUUACCACCUGUUUCAACAGCUGAAUUGGAAACAAAUGAAGAUGUCAAGAAUCUCUGUGAUAAAGUUAGAGAAGACAUGCUUGAAGCAUUACAAAGAGUUGGAUAUUCAAAACCAACAGGUGAAGAAGAAGAGGAAGCAGACUCAAGAGAAGGCUCAGAAGCUCCAUCGAGUUCAAGUGAUACAGAAACUGAAGAAGUGGAAGUGGAAGUCAUUACCUCAAAGGAUCCAGUGAUUUCUAAAGAUUAG